AGAAAGCUUCUUCUCCAUCUUCCAUGGAGAAUCAGUGGUUACAAGUUUCUUAUGCAGAUCUCCUUCAAGCAACAGAUGGGUUUUCUUCAGCUAAUUUAAUUGGUGUGGGAAGUUUUGGUUCUGUAUAUAAAGGAAUUCUAGAAUGCUUUGAAACAGUUGUUGCAGUGAAGGUACUCAACCUCCUGCAACAAGGAGCUUUUAAGAGUUUGGCAGCCGAAUGGGAAGCAUUAAGAAACAUCCGACAUCGAAAUCUUGUCAAGAUUUUAACAGUUUGUUCGAGCAUUAAUUUUAAUGGCAAUGAUUUCAAAGCUUUAGUGUUUGAGUACAUGCCUAAUGGUAGUCUGGAGAAGUGGUUGCAUCCAAAUGUUGAUGAACAACCUCAAUUGAGGAAUUUGAAUCUUACUCAAAGACUAAAUAUAGCCAUUGAUGUGGCUUCGGCAUCUUCAUCAUCAUUCGAAAACACCAAUCACGACCUAAAACCAGGCAAUGUACUUCUUGAUGAUGAUAUGGUUGCCCAUGUGGGUGACUUUGGUUUAGCAAGGUUCCUCUCCGAAGCUGCAGAAAGUUGCUCUCAAAAUCAAACUAGCACAUUUGGGAUUAAGGGAUCGAUUGGAUACAUUCCUCCGGAGUAUGGGAUGGGUGGUAAGGCGUCCAAAUAUGGAGAUGUAUACAGUUAUGGGAUCCUUCUACUCAAGAUGAUCACCGGAAAGCGGCCAACUAAUGACAUGUUUAAGGACAAUCAGAGCCUUCAUCACUUUGCAAAAUCAGCUUUUCCCGAACAAGUAAUGGAGAUCAUUGAUCCAAGACUUCUCCAAGAAAAUGCUGAAGCAUUUCUAGACAGUGAAAAUCAUAACAAUUUGAAAAAUAAAAUGCGUGAUUGCUUGGUUGCAUUGGUCAGAGUAGGUGUAUCCUGUUCUGCAGAAUCGCCAGGGGAACGAAUGGAGAUGAGAGAGAUUGCCAUGGAAAUGCAUGCUGUUAGAGACUUAUAUCUUGAGGUCGGGAUUCAGUGACAGAGACAAACAGGCCCCUACUGUUAGGUGAAUGUUCAUCUUACCUCAGUAACUGGUAAGAUUAGAUUAGAAGUUAUAUUUAAGAAGAUUCCAACAUAAAAUAAAACUGCUUGAUAUUUUUUCUAAAUAGAUCUAGAUAUAUAUUAUUCUAGUGUUGAAUAUGUGGAGAAG